GGGCUGCAAAGCGGCUGCGUCUCUCUCGGGCUUUGCCGGGCAGCGGCCGGUGCUGAGGGCGCGGCAGCCGUCCCCCGGUGCAGGCUGUGUCCGGGCUCUCCUCUGUUCCGAGUGACGGCGAGUGUCGCUGAAGGGCGCCAGCUGCACGGUCCUGGACCCUUUCAUUUGUCCCCAGAAGGGUGGCCGGCCUCUCUACGGAUAGGUGCUGGAACUAGGGUGCAGGGGUUGCUGCACCCCUUGGCUUGAAGGGGUUUCCAUCAUAUCCAGGGUUUACAGUUUGGUUCAAUGGCUCUCAGCCCCCCCAAUGUAAACAUUGUUCCAGCACCGCUGACGAUUGCUGAAGCUGAAGAAGAUGUUUAUUUCUAAAUUUGGAUCGGCUCCCAAGUUUUAUGCUCGUGCACCAGGGCGAGUCAACUUAAUAGGAGAACAUAUAGACUACUGUGGAUAUGCUGUGCUCCCUAUGGCUAUAGAGCAAGACAUACUUAUAGCUGUUGAACCUGUAAAACCUCAAGUUGUCCAACUAGCCAACACAAACCCUUUGUACUCGGAUUUCAGUACUAGUGUGAAUAACAUUCACAUUAACAAAACCAAACCUGUGUGGCACAACUACUUCCUAUGUGGUUUGAAAGGAAUUCAGGAACAUUUUGGUCUUAAUAGCUCAACUGGAAUGAAUUGUCUGUUAGAUGGAACCAUCCCACCAAGUUCUGGUCUGUCUAGUUCCAGUGCGUUGGUAUGCUGUGCUGGACUUGUGGCACUUACAGCUAAUGGAAAGACCCUUUCAAAGGUGGAACUUGCAGAAAUUUGCACCAAGACCGAACGGUACGUUGGCACGGAGGGAGGAGGCAUGGACCAGUCCAUAUCAUUCCUAGCAGAAGAAGGAACUGCUAAGCUGAUAGAGUUCAGUCCUCUGAGGGCAACUGAUGUGAGACUUCCAAGUGGAGCAGCUUUUGUUAUUGCUAACAGUUGUGUCGAAAUGAAUAAAGCAGCAACUUCUCAUUACAAUAUUAGGGUGAUGGAGUGUCGUCUGGCUACAAAGCUUCUCUCGAAGUCAAAAGGCCUAGAAUGGAAAAAAAUGCUGAAGCUCCAAGAUGUGCAGGCCAAGCUAGGAGUUAGCCUGAAGGAAAUGCUGACCAUUGUUGAGGAGGUAUUUCACCCGGAGCCUUACAGCGUAGAGGAAAUUUGUACAUGCCUGGGAAUUAGCCUUGAGGAGCUCCGCACUCAGAUCCUCAGUCAAAACACACAAGAUGUUACGUCCUUUAAAUUGUACCAGCGUGCUAAGCACGUGUACAGCGAAGCUGGCAGAGUGCUGGAAUUUAAGAAGAUAUGCAGUGAGGCACCUGCCAGUGCACUCCAGCUGCUGGGAGAAUUAAUGAACCAGAGUCAUAUCAGCUGCAGGGACAUGUAUGAAUGCAGCUGCCCUGAACUGGAUCAGCUGGUGGACAUCUGCCUCUCCUGGAAUCAUGGAAUUAUGCAGUUUGGGGCCAUCGGGUCACGCUUGACUGGAGCAGGAUGGGGUGGCUGCACUGUGUCAAUGGUGCCUUCUGACAAGCUGAGUACCUUCCUCACAAAUGUGAAAGAAGCUUAUUACAAAAGCAAUGACCAAAGGUUAGCUUUGGAGAAGAAUAGUCUGUUUGCUACCAAACCUGGAGGUGGAGCUUUGGUUUUUCUUGAGGCCUAAAGAAUGUAAAAGUUUCAAAGAAACUAUGUUGGGCAUUUGGGAACUGGCAGGACUUCCUAUGCCACAGUAAAUUAAUCCCUUUUCUGUUAUGUAUUAUGAGCAGUUGCUAUUAUCAAGAUACAUUUCUGAAGAAACAAUUAGAAGAGGUUUCUUAGGCUUUAUAAUACAUUUUUCCAUACUAAAAAUAUCCUUCCAGCAACAAGCAGCCUAAAUACUUAUUUCUCUCUGGAUUAUACAAUGUAAAGGUCGAUUUACUAAAAUGUAUUCAUUUGAAAAAUGGAACAAAGCAGACAAUUCAAAUAAAGAGGAAUACUUUUCUUAA